AGUAAUACGUAGUUACUAGGUCGACGUCGACCAGGGAAAGGAAGUAAAGUUUAGUAGGUACUACGUAGCACCGGGCGUUGAAGCAGGUGGUAUAAUUCGUAGUUGUACAUCAACUUUCGUGAAAGAAGUCUUCAAGAAUGAAUAUGAAUGGAUGAGAAGUGACUAAGCUGAAUCAAUUCAGAUUGAGAUUCUCUACGCGUACUUAAAACGUGGACAAGGAACAACGAUUCAGUUGUAGUUCCGGCGCCGCGAUCGUUUUUUUCGUUUCAGUUGCAGCUGCCACGUCGACCGCUGUAAUAAAGAUGCUGUCCCUUGGUGCUUCCCUUGAUCUACUACUCCAGCUUCGUCCGUUUCAAUUACCCAACCGACUGCAUUUCCGCUUUAUUUUCCCCGUGGUCAUCCAUCUCCUCCUGUCCUUCACUGCCGUGGCCGACGAGGUAGGGGACGUUCUCCUGCAGCAUUUGUCGCACCAAUACGGAUAUGAAUUGCAAAUAUGUCUGGGUCUGGAAGGAUGCAAGGUUUGUCAUGCUUGUCUGGCAUGAAUGAAAAGUCUGUGAUGCGUGUCCAAGAAGAGACCCUUUUGCUUGUCAUGCAACAAUGCAAUUUGUCAUGCGGAAAAGCGAAAGCACAACACUAUAUUCCCGCAAAUAUUUCUCAUGCUUGGCUGUGCAUUACAGAGCACUCACUAUUCACAACUCAGCAUUACAAGUUUCCAGACCCAGGAGACAUGUUUGCAUUCGAUGACGGAACAUCCAAGGGACUACACCCAGUUCACCCCGAUGUGGAGCUGAUGAUGCAACACGGUGCGGUAUCCACAGUAAAUUUCCUGUACACGUACAAAUGCUGUCUCUGCAUGACAAAACUUGCCUUCAAUCCUAGUCUGGCAUGACAAGUUGCACACUGCAAGUUAGCAAAAUUUGUCAUGCAUUUUGUACAUGUGCGGCAAAUUUACAUUGCAUAUGCGGCAGCGGCAGCGGGAAUAUCCACAAAGAAACACACAUAAAUUUCCAUCCAAUUUGUAAUGCCAAACCUGCAUCAGGGCCAGCGGUUGUCAUGCCAACUAAGGAUGGGAAUGGUUUUUUUCUGUGGAUAGGGAAGUUUCGGAUCGUCGAACCCGUUUAUUUCGUCCACUGGUCAGGAACUUCGAAAGCCUGCAGGAUCGAAAACGCUGUUCGCCGACUUGAAUAUGCACGGCUAAAAUAUCGUGCUACGACUAUGUACAAUCAAGUUGCAAUACUGCAUGAGAAAUCUGCUUCCUAUAGGGAAAGCAGGAUAAAAAAUUUCAUUGAACACACUAUACGUAAAAAUUUGUGAUGCAAGCUCUGCUAGUGCGAUACAAUACUUUUGCACAGGAUACGCGACCAUUUUCAACCAGAACGCGGUGGGUUUCACGGACACGACCUGUUCUCACCGAGCGGAGCUUAUGCAUUGCAAAUUAGAAGUGUCUGGGCCUGGGUUUGUGAUGCGGAAGUUGCAUCACGCCAUGAUCUGUAUUGCAUGAAGGGUUUGCGAGGGUUGGCGAGCUUUUUUCUCAUGCUGUGAAGCUCAGUUUGCCAUGCUAAAUACCUGUGAAGUUUUCGGAAAACCAAGGCCCGAAAAGCUUGUGUGUGAUGCGGUCAUACCGUGUCAAACGCUGCUUGCUCGGCACACAGGCCUUAGUAUGACUUUUAUCCAGAUGUGGGCCCGGACAUAUUUGCAUAAUGCAUACAGCUUCUAGCGGUGGGGCUGGUUCGCCGCUACCGCAAAUCCACCUGACGGAGGGCGAAGAGGGAGCUGCGGGCGAGGAGCUGCGCAACCCGGGGGGAAUGACUAGAAAAGGCCUGGAGCAUGGACAGCACCAACCGCAGCGACACAUCGUUCCACGAGGCGGCGACCAGCAAGCGGAAAGAACAGGGAACGGGAUGAAAACUCUAUGAAUUGCAAAAGCAUCGCACUUCUUGUCAGUAGGAAUUGCAACACAAGUUUGCUCAGCAUGGCAACAGGAAUUUGUCGUGCAAAUGGGAUUUGUCAUGCUGGCAGGCCAUUUGUCUUGCAUGAUUGCGAUAACUAGUAUGGUAGUACGACUAUCCGAUACUUUUGCGCAGGAUAAAGAACUCACCGGGCCGCGGCCGCGCAGAACCAAAAAAUGAACCAAGACGCUAUCACGGAACUGUAUCACGCUUACAUGCGGCGAGACCAGUACAACCCCUACGACUACGUGCCCUUUUACUACGAGCACGGCGGCAUACAGAUCGGGUCCGCCGCCGAAGACCCCACGAAAAAAAUUCGUUCCCUGCACGACCCCGACCAGGUGUUUAGCGGCUUCAAGAUCUGUAUGCAUGGCAAAAGUAUCGCUCUACUAGUAGAAAUUGCAAUACAAAUUCUUGGGUCAGCAUAACAAAUGUGAUUUGUAAUGCGGAUUGAGUUCGGGAACUAGAUUUGUAAUGCAUGCCUGCGAUUACUAGCUAGUCUACGACUGCGAUAGUGCUUUUGCAUUGCAUAAUCUGGGACAUUGGUGCCGACUUCAGAAAAUUCGUCGAGCGCUGCGGAUCAGACACCUUGAAGCAGGUCUACUUUCAGAACAUCCUGGGUCUCGACCACGACGGCCACCUGGGGAAGAUGAUAAACAAAAAAACGAACAAGCAAGAACUACCUUCGAGAAAGCCAUCAAAGCCCUACCUCUCUAUCGUCAUGAUUGGCGCGAGCGGAAAGUUAUCCUGUGCCAAAGUAUCGCACUCGUAGUAAUCGCGUUCAUGCAUUGCAGAUUUCUUUCUCAAGUGAAAUCCGCAUUACAAAUACAAAUUUUGGUUUUUCAUGCUGAGGAGAUUUCUCAUGCGAUUUAUACUAGUACGAUGCUUUUGCACCUCAUAGAAGUGGCGGUUCAAAAAGUGGCUCGGCGGCCGCUACCCGAGUUUGCAGUACAAAAUGCCCACUUCUACACAACAAGUUGUAGAACAACAGGCCGCGCCCUCCUCCUCCUCGCAUGUUGUGAACGGAAAACAAAUCAACUCCGUCCAGGACUUGCAACCAAUUGCGGAUCACUACUACGAGACACUUUCCACCCGGAAAAAAAUCCGGAAAUACUUCCCAGAUGAAGCGAAAACGCUGUUUAGCAACCUGUACGAGUCGUUCGUUUUGAUUCCAGACGUGAAGCAGGAUGAAGCCGCGGAAGCCAAGCCGUUCGGGGAGUUUCUAUGACUUGCAAAACAAAGUAUCGCACUUCUGUCUAGUAGUUGAAAUUUUUGCAUUACAAACGUGCUCAGCAUGACAAACGGACUUUGUCAUGCUGAUUUACUUUGAGAUAGAGAUUUCUCAUGCGUCAACGCUAGUAGAAGAAAUACGAGUGCGAAGAUGCUUUUGCACAGGAGAAUUUCUCGCCUCCAGCAUUUUCGAAGUUCUCAAUGCGGGGAAGGAAGAACGCGUCCGCGCAGCCAUCGAAGAAGCGAAUUCCAACGAUUUUAAAAAGCAUUCGGCAACGAAUUUCGUCGUCCGGAUGGAACUACUAGAACGGGAGUCGGUGUUGCUGCACCGCAAGAUUGUCGAGGAGCUAGGUUUAUGCAUGGUAAAAGUAUCGUAAUACUAGGAGUAUAUUAUGAUUUUUAUCGCUGUCAUGCAUUACAAAUCUCGGUCUCAAGAUCAGUCAGCAUGAUGAGAGACUCACUUCUCAUGUACAACUGAGGAAAACAUCUGUCAUGCGAUUUCUACCAGAAGUACCUCUACAAGUGCGAUAUUUUUUCAAUGCACAAGAGCUUCAGCACGACGAAGUGGUGAAUUGCUACGGAAGGAAGUUGAAAACAAGUACUGAAGACGGGGACUAUAACGUGGAUCAGCAGGAGGAAAACUUUGAACUGUCGUUUUAUCCACAGUAAAUUUCCCGUACACGCACAAAUGUAGUUUAUGCUUGACACAACUUGCCUUCAAUCCUAGUUUUAGCAUGACAAGCUGAGCACUGCAAGUUAGCGAAAUUUGUCAUGCAUUUUGCACAUGUACGGGAAAUUUGCAUUGCAUGCCUUUCUAGAGUCGACCAUGAAAUUUCUGAAGCACGAAUUUGUCGAAACCUUAUCCAGUGCGAAAGUACCGUACUCGUAUUGUAAUCAUGCAUUACAAAUCUUUUUCUCAAGGUAAAUCAGCAUCACAAAUUUGACUUCUCAUGCUGAGAAAAUUUGUAAUGCAUUUAUACGAGUGCGAUACUUUUGCAGUGAAUAGACCUCCCACGCUUUCAACUACGUCCUGCAAUGGUGUAAUUUGGUCGGACCACCGGAGGUUGUAUCCAGCGCAAAGUUUAUCGUACUAGUUGCAGUUAUGCAUCACAAAUCUUGUUGUUAAGCUUAAGGUAAAGCCGCAUUACGAAUUUACUUUGUAAUGCUGAGACAAUUUGUCAUGCGAAAAUCUCUACUUACUAGUACGGUACUUUUGCAACGCAUAGCCGGCAAAUGGGAAGCACGGUGCAAAACCGAGCUUGCUACCACCGGAGUACCAACCGGUCUGUCCCGCCAUGGGGAAAGAAACCCUGCGGAUGCAGAACGUGUGCAAUCGGGUCCGGGACCCGGAGCGGGGACUGAAAACAAGCAUCUUUUUGAAAGCGCCCUCCCAGGUGGUCUUUUGUCCGGGGAGCUGGAAGGAGGAGGGUCGUAUACAGGCGUGAGAUGUAAGUACUUAGUCCAGGUAGUGGCGUUUCAACUGUUCUUGGGAGGCGGGCGAUGCAAUACGAAUACGUAGUACUAAAGGUGGUGAUGUGCGCUUUCCUUUUGCAGCAGCUGCAGCUACAAAAACAAACUGUAGUUACUACGAAAAAAAAAAUAUUCGCUGUAUUUGCUCUACUCAGUUGUGGCCUCACGAAGACAAAUCACGCUCCCCCCCCUCUUUUUCUGUACAGUACCCUUUAGCUUUACUUACUGUCCAUUUCUGGUCUGCAAUACGAAAACGAAAAUGAGCAUGUUGUUGUCUCCAUCUUUAUCUUCAAAGGAAGAGGAAAAAAUUAAAAAUUGAUCGGAGAUAAGUAGUGGUAGAAGAAAGAUUCACAGGCGGUGGACCGACAACAAAUCUCAAUUGAGUCCUUUAUCUCGUGGUCCAUUCUUUUGGAGGGCGACCUGCCACUCUAGGGCAGCGGUCGCAUUCCCACUCUCGAGGACCUCCGAAGGAGGAAGACUAUGCGCUAGUAACUGACAUGAUGAGGCGUGAAUACUUGCUGUCAACAUACCCUGUCGACUGGUACUACUCGCAACCUAGAAGUUCUUUCCGUUAAUACUUCAGAAAUGCAAAGGAGAAGAGAAAUGCAGGGAAAGGAAAAAUAAAGAACGGCUGAUAGGGUUGUCUCCACGACCAGAUGAACCUCCGAGGUGCCACCGGAAUCUUCUGUACUGUUAUCUUUUGUCUGCGAAAUGAAUACAAAGUGCUUUCUUAGAUUUACGGCUUUUUUCGUCUGCGAAAUUUGCGUUUCUGGUUUCUUUUUCUUGACGUUUCUUCUGUUGUUACUUGUUACUGACCACGCUUUAUUUUACUAUAAUUCUGUUUUAGCUCUAGAAGUUGUAGUUGUGGCACUGGCACCUGUUUUUGUGCUUGCUUCACUAGUACUUCUCAUUCGUUAUCGUCUGCGAAAAAA